AUGGGAAGAUCCGCAAUGCAUCCCACCGGCCGAAAGCGUCGGGUCACCACCUGCGUGCCCUGCUACACUAAGAAACAGAGAUGCAACCGCCAGUACCCCUGCAAUUAUUGCACCCGACGUCGACCACCCGAGGAGUGUGUGUACCAGUCUACUAUUGCCGAACCCUCAAACAAUUCGCCUCGGGAAUCUAUCAGAGGUCUGGAGCCCCGGGAGCCAGCUAGUAUCGAGUUACCAGAAGGGCUUGCGGAGAUUUUGCCGUCAGAGGCGCAGAAAGGCUCAUCUAAUCCACACUCUUCUCUGGCUAAUCCCUUUGGCUACUUCGAGCACAGUGACUCUAAUACAAUGGCUUUGCUCAAAAAGUGGGACCUUGACAGCAGGGACCAAGAUGAGAACACCGAGGGUAUGUCAACUACAGUCCUGGAGACAGUCAAAGAAUAUUUUGAUCGAAUGCCUCCCCGUCCGAUAUUGGAUUUUCUGAUGCAAUAUUUCUGGGCCAAGAAAUGGCCUAUUUCUGUGGAGGAAAUUGAAUUUGCCGCUCUGAUACUUCGGAUUGGUGCCUACUCGGCACAUUUCCUGCUUUCUCCGACCCACACAUCUGAUCGGGUUCAUGGACAGCCACUCUCGGAAGUUCGUAACACCUGUAGUGACAUUGGUGAUGAGCUUGCCAGAGCAUGCCUGGCUUUGGACUGGAAAGGAUCUCUAGUCCGAGUUCAGCACGUUUUAUUCGCCUCUCUCAAAUUCUCCUGUGAAGGGAGGACUGAUAAAUUUUGGGAAGGCAUUGCCUCUGCUUGUAGUGCAGCGCAGAAGGCAGGGAUUCACACGGUCGCACCUGUGCCAGGGGAGGAUAGUUCUCAAGUACUAGAGAAGGAGAUGCGCCGGAGAACAUUAUGCGGGCUGUAUGUUCUGGACAGCCAUCUGGCCCGACAGCUUGACCGGGUCCCAAUUCUCCCCGACAACCUAGUUUUAGAGACGUUACCACGAUUACGCCUUGCCCCGGACAUCAUCGACUUGUCUACGCCUGCGGACACACCUGAAAUAUUCACCGAGCGUCUCAUGCAGGUCCGGUUGGGAAUGUUUUGGAGAAGCUUGGGUUCCAAACGGAACCUACCGUAUGACCCUAUUCACGGCGAAGAGCGGUAUGAACGAUUCUGUGCGGACUAUAUCCCUACCUUACCCCCGGAAUUUGCACUCAAUCCGAAUCGGAGAUGGGAUGUCCAACUUCCUAAGUUGCCCAUGCAGAGACAACUGCUCUACAUCGCUAUCUUCGAUUCCGUUUGUUGGAACUUCCGCCCCCUACUGUUGCUGCAACCCAGCCAAGUCACCAGUCUACCCCCUUAUAAACAAGUUCUUCUCCGGUCUCAAAAGCACAGGCUGGCUCUAGCUGCUCUCGAGGAGCUACAUGCUGUCACCACUCUGCAUACCAUGUUCGGAGGCUCCCACACGCGUUUUAGCGCCAUCAUAUUCAACACGUUCGAAGCUGCAGUUGUUCUUCUUGUACUUUGUGCACAUAAAGACUUCCCCUUUGAUCAAGGCGAAAGCCAUGUCAAUAUUCUCGGUUUGAGAAUGGCCACCCUGACUCGGGCGAGAACGAUGCGGGCAGUUGAGAAGGCUUUGGGACGACUUCAGAUGCUGGCUAGGGUCAGUGAGAUGGCUGCCUCUGGAGCACAGGUUGUGACGCAGCUAUUUGCGAAGGCUGCCAGACUUGAGCAACUCCAAGAGCCAGGCACCACCACUGAGUCAAACCAGAGCUCUUUAUCCCCGCGUAUAUCUUCGAACUUCCCCAACGUAGACAGUGGCUCUGGGCUCUGGAUGCCCCCAGGGGAGUGGAACCUGACGUCGAUGCCAGACAUGGUGUCCACCAUAGGUUAUGGUGACUCAUACUCAAUCCUGCAAUUUCCUUCUCUUGACCCCACAUGUUGGGAUAGCAAUUUUCACAACUAG